UACUUGGGACCAUUGCUGGUGAUUUCUAGGAACCAAAGGGGAGCAUAUAUUCUGGCCAAACUUGAUGGAUCAGUCUUUGAUUGGCCAGUGGCAGCAUUCUGCAUUAUUCCUUAUUUUGCUCGCAGGUCUCUAGAGCUUGUCAAUCUUAAAGCCCUCCUUAAUAUCUUUGACGACAAUGCUAAAGAUGACAGUGCCAAUGAAGAUACCAACACCAGCUCAGUCCAAUUGGUGGAGGAUGACAAUGCAGCUUUGGCAACCUCUGACUAA